CCACGAUUCGUUCAGUGAUUGGAGUCGUUGGCUACAACAGAUACACGUGAGCGGCGACCACUUAGACGUGAAAAAGUCAAAUAUUUUCCUUGAGGUAUAUGCCCCUAAAAUAGUAAAAAUUAGAACAUGGAAUUUGUAAGUGUCAGUGGGCGAAGGUACCCAGCGAAAAAAAAAAACAGAAGGAGAAUAAAUGAUCAUUUGUGCGCGUCAAUCAGGUGAUAGAUAAAAGCAGCAUGGUUUGCUACGCAUUGAAAACUAUUAGAUUGCAAUAAGAAAAGGCAGUAAUUUUAUUUCCGUUAUGACAAAGUUUAACUUUAUUUUUACUCACAAGGAUUUCAGUAUUAUAAUAUUUCAUAUGUUAUAGAGAUAUUCACAGAAAUUAAAGCAAUAUUUAAUCAUGAGUCUUCAGUGGUCUUUAAUCGCUGGAUUUCUGUAUGUCGAGGUCAUAAUAGUUUUACUAUUGGUGUUACCAAUAAUUUCGCCUACAAGAUGGCAGAAGAUUUUUAAAUCCCAGUUUUUAAAAAGUUUAAGCGAUCGAGCAUCAAUUUAUUUCUUAAUUUUGCUUGCGAUAUUAGUCGUUAUUUUAUUGGAUGCUAUUAGAGAAAUGCGAAAGUAUUCAACAGUUGUAGCUGUAGAGAGAGAUCAUCAUCAUGUCGAUGCCGGAUUGCAAGGUAGUAUGAAACUCUUCAGGGCGCAACGUAACUUUCAUAUAUCUGGUUUCUCACUGUUCCUAAGUCUUGUUAUACGUCGUCUUGUGAUUUUAAUCUCUAAUCAAGCCGCUCUACUGGCACGAAGUGAGGCAGUUACGCGUCAAGCUGAAUCGGCAACUACAACAGCGAAAAAUUUGUUAUUACAACAAAAAAUUAGCGGAGAGAUUGUUCAAAACGACUCGAACGAAGCUCAUGAUAAAGUGACAUUAGAAUGGAAAGCUCAGAUUAGCGAAUUACAAAUAAAAAAUCAAGAAUUGGAAAAUCAACUUGCGAGAGAAAAGAAAGAUAAAGAAGCUAUAAAGUCGCAAGCUGAAUCCCUUGCCAAGGAAUAUGAUCGGUUAAACGACGAAUACAGCAAAUGCGUCCAAUCAACAAACGAUAAAAAAAGUGAUUAAAUUCCUUUUAUUUUCUCCUUAUACUCUGUUCUUCUAUAUAAAAAUUGCUUUCGACUGAUAUCUCAUAUUAUAGAGUUCUGUUGCCCUGUAUCUAUGUACUGUAUAGAUAAUAAGAUAAAUAAGAAUAAAUUAUUUAAUAUAUAA